AGCGCUACUACGCCCCCGGCGUGCUGGAGAACGCCACCGAGGACGCCACGCUGUACCGCCGCCUGCUGGUGGGCCGCUUCAUGGCGCUGCACCCCGUGCGCACGUGGGUCGAGGUGGGGCCCUUCACGCCCGCCGACCUGGACGUCGUCCACGACCACUGGCUCGGCUUCCCGCCGCAGAAGCCCUACAUCCACUACACCCUGGCCGCCGCCUACACCGUCAUCAUGACUCUCGGCGUCUUCGGCAACCUCCUCGUGCUCUACAUGUUCUGCAGGUGCCGGUCCCUGCGAUCACCUGCUAAUAUCCUCAUCGCCAACCUGGCCAUCUCGGACUUCUUCCUGCUGGCCAAGAUGCCCGUCUUCAUCUACAACAGCCUCUACUUCGGCCCCAUCCUGGGCCAGAUCGGCAACGACGUGUACGGCUUCCUGGGCGGCCUGACGGGGGCCGUGAGCAUCGCCAACCUCGCCGCCAUCGCGCUGGACCGCUACCACGUCAUCGUGCAGCCCCUGGACCCGGGGCGACGCAUCUCCCGGCUGCGCGCGCGCCUCUCCGUGCUCGUCACCUGGCUGUACGGCGGCGCCCUGGCCACGGGGCCGCUGGUGGGGCUGAGCCGCUACACGCCCGAGGGGCUGCUCACCAGCUCCAGCUUCGACUACCUCAACACGGACCCGAGGAACCGCACCUUCAUCUGGUGCUUCUUCUUCGCGGCGUGGGUGGUGCCCUUCUGCAUCAUCACCCUCAGCUACCUCGGCAUCUACCGCAUCGUGGAGCGCGCCACGCAGCGAGGGAAGGCCGGGCCCAGCAGUGACACUUCUCGCACCCGCAGGCACUGCCGGGAGCACGACAAGCGGCGCACCGAGGUCCGCCUGGCGGUGGUGGCGGGCGUGGUGGUGGCGCUGUGGUUCGCGUCCUGGACGCCGUACGCCGUGGUGGCGCUCAUGGCCGUGUCGGGCCGGCCGCCCGGGCCGCUCGUGUCCAUGCUGCCGGCGCUCUUCUGCAAGACGGCGUCGUGCCUGGACCCCUACGUGUACGCCGUCACGCACCCGCGCUUCCGCCGUGAGCUGGCCAAGCUGUGCGCCAGGCUGGGCGCCUGCAGGAUCCUGGGCGUCGGCCUCGCGCCGCGCCGCCCCGCCAAGCUGCGCGGCAGGAGCCGGGCCUGGCGCGGGGACAACUCGCUCACCUCCGCGGCGGCCGUCACCGGAUGUGCCCUUCGCUUGCAGGGGAGCAUCUCGAGCGACGACGUGGCCGUCGAGGAGGAGGUGGUCCCCGUCAUGAUGGUGGACUUCCGGAAGGGGCGGCGCGGCCGCGACCACCGGGGCUCCUCCGUGUGCUCCAGCAGCAGCCUGCGGGAGUCGGUGCAGGACAGCCCGCCCCCCGUGGGGCCCUCGCGGAGCGGUACUUCCCGAGCAGAGGAGCCGAGCCGGUCCAGCUCGUCCGGCGACCCGCCCCCGCAGGCCGCUCGCGUCGUGGCCAACCCCGUGCCGCCCCCGGAGCCGCCCCCGCACGCCGGCCAGCUCGCGGCCUUCAUGAUGGGCGACUGCCCGGCCUGCCCGCAGCUCGCCAACUUCCCCAUGUCGGCCUCCGAGCAGCUGCGCUACCGGGCGCCGUCCAUCUUCACCUCGCCGAGGCCGCGCCGCAGCAAGUCCUUCUCGCUGCGCGCCAACGCCAACAAGCUCGCCCUGGGCGAGCCCGUGCUGCCCCCCGUGGCCGCCGUCCUGCAGGACCCCAUCUCCGUGUGAGGUGUCUAGUCCCUGGGGUGCGCUAGCACGGCCAGGACCUCGACGUCGUGCUGGACCCCAUCUCCGGGGUGUCUAGUCCCUGGGGUGCGCCAGCACGGCCAGGACCCCCACCGCCACCACACUGUGCGCCACCACGACCGAGGAUUGUGACCAGGCCGAUCCUAGAGACCCUAUCAGUGGAGCACGUUUUGGAGAGAAGCCGUAUUAUGUUGGAGAGGAAAAAAAAGGGAGGACGGGGUUACUUCUUUCUGGACAUCAAUGUGUGAUUUGUUAAUUCUAAGUCAGAGUGUUAGUUUAAGAGAAAAUGGCGCCGGCUUGCUUCGGAAACUUUCUCGGCUAUUUUUGUAGUUGUCAUCAGAUUCGACGUACUUUCUGCCACUCAUAGAGAGAUGUACACUUUAAGGACACGAGGCUUUAUCUGGUUAAGGGUGGUAAUUCCCUCGCCCUCGUUCAGCAUCCAAUGACCUGGAAUCGUUUACCUCAAGCACCAAGUGUUUCUAAGGGUGCAGAAUGAGGUUCUUCUGGCUGCCAAAGUUUCCGGCAAGCCACUAAUUAGACACUUAUGUAGUGCCACGUGUGAGGGUAAUGUGUUACUUGUAAUUCAGUAUUAAAAACGUGAUUUGCAGAAAAAAAAACAGAUGCCAAUUUCACACACAGAAUGAAAUGGAGACAGAGGAAAUUCAGUAACUGAGGUGUGUUACUUCCUUAACUUCAUAAAGCCCUGCAGAGGACCACAGUGAAGGUCUUACAACAAAACAUAUUCAAAGCUUGAAUACAUCAAAGUGGGUCAACACUCAUCAUCCUUUCCCCUUUU